UAGGUACAGACACAACCAGCGAUACGGUCGAAACAAUUCGCAAUCUCAUACGAACGCUGCACGUGAUUUAUCUCGCGAGGUGUAUUGGAGGUACACGCGAGUAUAUGGGACGGUUUUUUAUGCAAGUAUGGAUCAUAUGACGGGAGCGUGUUGCAUGUACCAAACCCUGUUUAGAUCUGAUUUAUUUUGUUGACGAAGUAUGGAUGCUUCUCACACACUGAUGUUGAGCAAUCAGGUCACUGUUAUGUCACAGACGGACGAGGUGAAGCCAGGGAAGUUGAAGUUGGUGCUCCUCGGCAACCAACACGUCGGCAAGACGUCGUUGUUGCAGCGGUAUGUGAACAACGUUUACAACACGACAUAUACUCACACAAGAGGUGGCGACAUAUUCGAGAAGGAAUUACUGGUAGAUGGCCGACGAAUUCAACUCAACUUUGUGGACACCGCCGGGCAGGCUGACGUCAAGCUCUCUCAUUCGGAGUAUAUACAGAAACGCAAACGGCAUUAUGGUUGUGUUCGACAUUACGAACCAGAAGAGCUUCGACACGGUUGGUGAAUGGAUGGAAAGGGUGACACAGGUGGG